AUGAGUUAUGAUUCAACUUCCCUCUUUAUUCCAGCAGGAGAUGUUGAGGAGUCAGUUGGCGAAUUUCACGGGUUCUCAUUGGAAAAAGCCAAGACUGAACAGGCUGAAGGAAACUUCGAGAACAGAGAUGAACCACAGAGGCAGGAAGGAAACCACACACUGAAAAGGGGGGUUAAGACCAUUCCUCGCCAAGGAAGCAGGUUCCAUGAAAUCCCUGUCUCCAGCCGUCACCAACGGACUCUUUCAGGAAUGAAACUAUUCAUCUGUUCAGAGAAUGGAAUGACAUUCUCCGGUCAAAGGAAGGCAUAUAAAUGCCGUUAUUGUGGAAAGUACUUCAGAUACACAACACAGCUUUUGGUACACCAAAGAAUACACACAGCACAGAAACAUGGUGAAUUCUCAGAGUGUAGAAAGAAGUUCAAUAUGAAUUCCAGUCUACAAAAGCACCAAAGAACCCACGCAGGGAAGAAGACUUUUCAAUGCUCAGAGUGUAGAAAGACAUUCAGUGCGAGUUCCUGUCUUCAAAAGCAUCUAAGAACCCACACAGGGGAGAAACCAUUUGAAUGCUCAGAAUGUGGAAAGAGAUUCAGUCAGAGUGGCAAUCUUCAAAAGCAUCAGAGAACCCACACAGGGGAGAAACCUUUUGAAUGCUCAGAGUGUGGAAAGAGAUUUAGUGUGAAUUUCAGUCUUCAAAAGCAUCUAAGAACCCACACAGGGGAUAAACCGUAUGAAUGCAAAGAGUGUGGAAAGAGAUUCAGUGUGAAUUCCAAUCUUCAAAAGCAUCUAAGAACCCACACAGAGGAGAAAUCUUUUGAAUGCUUAGAGUGUGGAAAGAGGUUCAGUCAGUGUUACAUUCUUCAAAAGCAUCAGAGAACCCACACAGGGGAGAAACCUUUUGAAUGCUCAGAGUGUGGAAAGAGAUUCACUCAGAAUGGCAGUCUUCAGCAGCAUCUAAGAACCCACACAGGGGAGAAACCUUUUCAAUGCUCAGAUUGUGGAAAGAGAUUUAGUGUGCAUUCCAGUCUUCAAAAGCAUCUAAGAACCCACACAGGGGAGAAACCGUUUGAAUGCUCAGAGUGUGGAAAGAGAUUCAGUGUGAAUUCCAAUCUUCAAAAGCAUCUAAGAAUCCACACAGGGGAGAAACCUUUUGAAUGCUCAGAGUGUGGAAAGAGAUUCAAUAGGAGUGGCACUCUUCAGAGGCAUCAGAGAACUCACACAGGGGAGAAACCGUUUGAAUGCUCAGAGUGUGGAAAGAGGUUUAGUUUGAAUUCCAAUCUUCAGAAGCAUCUAAGAACCCACACAGGGGAGAAACCUUUUGAAUGCUCAGAGUGUGGCAAGAGAUUCCGUGCAAAUAAUGGUCUUCAGUAUCAUCAGAAAACGCACACAGGGGAGAAACCUUUUGAAUGCUCAGAGUGUGGAAAGAGAUUCCGUAGGAGUGGCCAUCUUCAGAGGCAUCAGAGAACCCAUACAGGGGAGAAACCUUUUGAAUGCUCAGAUUGUGGAAGGCGAUUCAGUGUGAGUUACAGUCUUCAAAAGCAUCAGAGAACACACACU